AUUCACAUGUUUCUCAACAAAAAUGAUAGCAAGAGGUAUCUCCAACUUCAUCACCCUCUAUCAUGUCUUCCACUUCUCAGUUCUUGCACUCUAUAAAUGGACACCAGCAGAAGCUUAACAAUGGCAGCUCUCAGAUCCUCAUAUAUGGCUCACUCCGUAGCUUUAGCAACUCUUGGCCUCACUAAACCCAAUCAAAUCCAACGUCCCAAGAUAUUGUUUGCUGCAAGAGAGGUUGAUUUGGUGGAAUGGAAAGGAGACAUACUUGCAGUAGGUGUGACAGAGAAGGACAUGGCUAGAGACCCAAAUUCCAAGUUCCAAAAUUUGAUCUUGCAAAAGUUGGAUUCAAAUUUGGGUGGCAUGCUGUCUAAAGCCUCAUCUGAGGAAGAUUUUUCUGGAAAAUCUGGUCAAUCCAUUGUCCUUAGACUGCCUGGUCUUGGUUCUAAAAGGAUUGGAUUAGUGGGGCUUGGCUCAUCAUCAGUUUCUUCAACCAUUGCUUAUCGUUCUCUCGGUGAGACUAUUGCUGCAGCUGCUAAAUCUGCUCAGGCAAGUAGUGUUGCUGUUGCACUUGCUUCGGUUGAAGGCCUCUCCGUGGAAUCGAAGCUCAGUGCUGCCUCUGCAAUGGCAACCGGAAUUGUGGUGGGGACUUUUGAGGAUAACAGGUUUAAGCUAGAGCCAAAGACUCCCACUCUCAAAUCUGUCGAGAUUCUUGGCCUUGGAACUGGACCCGAGAUUGAAAAGAAACUGAAAUACUCAGAAGUUGUUAGUUCUGGUGUGAUAUUUGUGAAAGAGCUUGUUAAUGCACCUGCCAAUGUAUUAACCCCUGGGGCACUUGCCGAAGAGGCCAAAAAUAUUGCUUCUUUGUACAGUGAUGUUCUUACUGCAACAAUCUUGGAUGUUGAGCAGUGCAAAGAAUUGAAAAUGGGAUCUUUUUUAGGUGUUGCUGCAGCUGCUACAAAUCCUUCUUAUUUCAUUCAUUUGUGCUAUAAGCCUUCGAGUGGAUCGGUCAAAACCAAGCUGGCUUUGGUUGGAAAGGGGAUUACUUUUGACAGUGGUGGAUACAACAUCAAGGCCGGGGCAAAUUCCAGGAUUGAGAUCAUGAAAAAUGACAUGAGUGGUGCUGCAGUAGUGUUGGGUGCAGCAAAAGCUAUGGGCCAAAUAAAGCCUGCUGGAGUGGAAGUACAUUUCCUUACCGCUGCAUGUGAAAAUAUGAUUAGUGGGACAGGCAUGAGACCUGGAGACAUUAUCACAGCUUCAAAUGGGAAGAGAAUUGAGGUUAACAACACUGAUGCUGAAGGAAGGCUUGCACUUGCAGAUACUUUAAUAUAUGCCUGCAAACUGGGUGUAGAAAAGAUAGUUGAUCUGGCUACACUGACUGGUGCCUGUAUAACUGCUCUUGGCCCUUCUGUUGCCGGGGUUUUCACGCCUAGCGAAAAGCUGGCGAGGGAGGUGCUUGAAGCAGCAGAAGUCGCGGGUGAAAAGCUUUGGAGGUUGCCCAUGGAGGAGAGCUACUGGGAGAAUAUGAAAUCCGGGAUUGCUGACAUGGUGAACACGGGUCCUAGAGAUGGUGGUGCAAUCACUGCAGCUCUUUUCUUGAAACAGGUACUACAAAUGACCACAAACCUGUUUGAAACUGGUUCUCUUUCCAUAUUUGUUGAUGAGGAGGUAGAAUGGUUGCAUAUUGACAUUGCAGGUCCAGUGUUUGAUGAAAAGAAGCAAGUUGCAACAGGGUUUGGCAUUAGUACUAUGGUGGAGUGGGUGCUAAAACACUCUUCUUAGAUUUACAUGUAAUUCAUUUUGGCUGUUCCAAUGUAGCUUCUUCAUGUGCACUAGUUGUAAAUGAAUUUGGAUACUUUUCGAAUCGAGUGUAGCAAAUGUAGUCUCUUUUUUAUUUUAGUA